AAAAGGGAAAAAAAAAUAAAAAAGAUUUGGAAGAGGAAAAGGGAAAUGGGGAAGCUUCUCUGUGACUCUACCACCGUCGCCGUCACCGUCACCGAGGCAUUCCAGACCUCCUCCCCCACCGUCGCCUGGCGCGACUCUCCGGCCAAGUCGGCGCCGCCGCUCCAUGAGGAGGUGGAGGAGGAUCAAUUACACGCCGCCGAUCUCGUUGACCAGUCAGCGACGGCGGACGACGCGUGGGGGGCUGUGGUGGGCCUGGAGGAGCAGCAGCGGCGGCACCUCCAGCGGCUUCAUUCCAAGGGCGUUCUCUGGAAGCAUCCGGAGGCGGAGGGCGGCGGCUCGUCUGUCGUCUUCAGACUCUCGCACGGCGGGGAGGUCUCCUCCGACGGGAACUGCCUCUUCACGGCGUCGCGGAAGGCGAUGAAGGCGGCGCUUGAGGUCGACGCGCGGGAGCUGAGGAGGCGGACGGUGGGGAGGUUCCUGGAGGACUUCGGAUCUGCGAGCGCGGAGGAGAGGGACGUCAUCAACGACGUCAUAAGGCAUCUCUACGCGCCUGAUCUGAGGGCGGGGUGGGGGAUACACGUCAUUCAGGAGGUCAAGCUUUUGGCCAAGAAGGACGAGCGCGUGAGUCUCGACUCCGCCAUUGACGAGCUGCUUCAGCUGGGAAUGCAGAGGGAGCUGGCGGCAGAGUCUAUUUACAAAGAGAGAUGUAUCUCAGUGUGUGACGGACCCGGUUGGGCGAAAUACAUGUUGAUCUCUGGUUCGCCAGAUGAUGAAUACGAUAUCAUCACCUUGCAGUACACAGAGGAAGGAUUAUUAACAAUCGAUGAAAAUAGAGAAGGCCAUGCCGCGGCUUUUGGAGAUGAUAUAGCAAUCGAGUGUCUUGCAACAGAGUUUAAGCGCGAGAUAUAUGUGGUUCAAGCACAUGGAUCAGAUGCAAUGGUUGAUGAGGACAAUUGUGUUUUCUUCCUUCCUCACCGACCAAGGACUCGCAUUUGUGAACCGCCAUUCUUUCUUUUCAUGAAAGGAACAGGUUGGUGUGGGGCUGGAGCGGAUCACUAUGAACCCUUGAUUGCCCAUCCCUUGUCUUUUGUUUCCCAGGAGAAGGUCGCUAUGGUUCUCUGAGGGCACUUGUCCUGCAGUUUUGUGGCUUUAGAGAGAUUAAGUAGUAGUUCUUCUAUUAAUUUGUUCCAUUAGUAAUUGGCAUGCAAUCUAAUUCUCCAGACUCUUUUUUGAGUCACGAGGAGGAUUCGAUCAUUGCAUAGCAUUCAUUUUUUGUUAGCUAGAUCGAUUAUCUUUGACUCCAACUAGCAGGUUUCAGUUCCUGCUUCUGAGCAUCUCUAUAGUACUCGUGAUGUUUCUACAGGCAUUUUUUUUUCUUUCCUCUGUUGUCGACUUUGAGUUAUUUUCUUUGGAGGGUGGCAUAUGUUGCUAGGUGCUAUUUCAUCGAAGCUGUGAUAGUGCCUUUCUGUUGUAUCUUUAGCUGGCGUCUAUCAUCAUUUUAAUGAAAGUGACUUUAAUUUGUUCUCUCUGGCCGAACUUCUGUG